CUCUGGCGGAAAGGGGCACCCUCCGAGUCCCUGAAGAUACUGUUCACUUCCCUCUACACUUGCCAAUUGUAGCCCUAGUCAUCACAAGGGAGAAACACGUUCCUUCAAUUUCAUCAUGAUGAAGCUGGACACUGAGGCAGCGGAAGUCACGAUGCUUCAUCAUACCCUACUUGCCUUCCCUUGCCUCGCUGUCUUUCUGGCUUUGGCACGCCAGCAGUAAACAUGACUGACACUCCGCCUGCCACCUCGUCAGUACAACCUUCGACGACACAACAACGUUUGUAUUCUUCAUUUUCCAGACAGGCCGCAGCCAUUCUCAACCAUCAUAACCGGGCCUGUCCAUCGGACGUCAUCUUCACGAACUCGCUACACCAUCUCCUCUCCUUUUCACAUUUUGGCCCAAUACUUUCCCCUCGCAGACUGCAUUUGGCGCGCAUCGCCCAAAGACGCGUGAAUAUUCGUCUCUCGCACCCCAAAGUCGUUGGGAUAGCAAGGCCAGCCGGAGAAUGGCAGCCGCGAAUGAAGCCAGCAGCCCCCCCACCGCCACUGAACCGAGGACGCCAACAUCAACUCCGCAGUCCCCUGGCACCGUGACUCCUGCCCACCAAUGCAGGAUCUGCCGUGCGUCCUUCUGUCAACCUCUGGGAUGUGGGCAUGUCUACUGCGUCGAGUGUCUCGGCCCUCGACACAACGCCGCGCCCGGCAAGGCGGGCUGCCCCGAGUGCGAUCGCAAUAAUCCAACGCCUCCAAGGACCGUGACGCCUGAGCCCAAGGCCGAGCCCGAAUUCGACUACCGCAGGGUGCGAACUGUCAGGCAGAUACAACACACCCAUGGGAUGGUAAAGGUGUUGUUUCUUCUCAACCUACUCUCGUUGGCCUUUUUGAUCGCAAUCGGCAUCGUCUUCGCCGUAAUAGUCAGCCGCUUAGUUGAUACCGGCUCUUCCUUGGCAGAACAACUUCAGAUGGGGCCCGUGGGAAACAGCCCUCUGUCGCCGGCUAAGCACUGGUAAUGGGGGCACUUGGGCGUCGUUGAUUAUAAUUAACAGUAGCUUUAGCAUACCCUCCGUUUAACACACUUUCGGCUCGGCACUCUGCGGGAUUCACUAUCAAUACUUUGU